GCGCCUUGCCGACCGCGCGUCCACGUUCGACAGAGUCGGCCAACUCAAGCGAGCGUUGUCCGUCGCACGAUUCCAACUCGUCGGAAAAUGGUCGCGAGAGCCGGGAAAAUGCCAACGCAGCCGCCAAUGCUGCCGCAGCCGCUGCUGCGAGCGCCGGCAUGCUACCGCUUCCACCGUCGAUGACCGCUACAUUCCCAGCUGCACCACAGAAUUUGCCCGCACAGCCAUCUUCGAUGGAGGCUUAUCUGCAAAUGGUGGCCGCCGCCGCACAGCAGUAUGGCUUUCCGUUGGGUCCAGCCGCUCCAGGCCAUCGCUUUCAGCUACCAAUGCCCACAGAUGCGCCAGCACCAUUCAAAUUACCUCCGCAAGCAUCACCCAAUGCCUCGAACAACAAUUCGGAGGCACUAGACUUUCGCACGAAUCUCUUUGCGCGUGCUGCAUCCGCCGAACCCGCACCCUCUGAGGAGGAGGAGGACGACGAUGAAGCCAACGAUGCUAAUAAUCCACUGGAUCUAUCGGUUGGCACGCGUAAGCGUUCAGCCGAUGGCGAUCGUGAGCCCGACUCCACCAUCGGACAGAUUCAGGUGAAGAAAAUUUUCAAAACCGAUAGCCCACCACUGGCAGCACCCCCAACGGUGCAAGCCGCACCGCUCUUGCCCGGAGUAAAUCCCUACUUGGCAGCAGUGGCAGCAGCAAAUAUAUUCCGCACCGGUCAGUUUCCCGAUUGGAAUGGCAAGAAUGACUUGGUUGUCGAUCCAUUGGAGAAAAUGUCGGAUAUCGUGAAGGGACCACGGAAGGAGAAAUCUUCGCGCUCUUCAGCGGGCAACGCACCAACAGCACCGCCAACUGCUGGGCCACCACCUAAUUCUGGUGCUUCUGCUGGCACACAAAAUUCGGCAACCACACUGACCGCCUCCACGGAGGGCAUGUCCAAGGCCAGACACAACAUCUGGCAGUCGCACUGGCAGAAUAAAGGCGUAGCCAGCUCGGUUUUCCGCUGCGUGUGGUGCAAGCAGAGUUUCUCCACGCUGGAAGCGCUCACCACGCACAUGAAGGACAGCAAACACUGUGGCGUAAAUGUGCCGCCAUUCGGCAACCUACCCAACACCGAUCGCCACCACCAACCACCGCCACCACAAGCGCAGGGUCCGCAGCACUCGCACAGCCACCGCAAACAGCCGAAUAGUGGCGGCGGCUCGCAAUCGAACUCGUCUUCCGGACCAUCAGCGGCGGCCAAAAACGCCUUUCAGUAUCGGGGCGAUCCACCAACACCACUGCCGCGCAAAUUGGUGCGCGGCCAGAACGUAUGGCUGGGCAAAGGCGUGGAGCAGGCCAUGCAGAUCUUGAAGUGCAUGCGUUGCGGCGAAAGCUUCCGUUCGCUCGGCGAGAUGACCAAGCACAUGCAGGAGACGCAGCACUACACCAACAUUUUAUCGCAAGAACAAACGAUCUCAAUGAAGUCUUCUGGCGGCGGUGAUGCCAAGGAUGGACACAACAGCUUGAGCUCCGAAGAGAGUCGCACGCUAAGCGCUGUGCUAACGUGCAAAGUUUGCGACAAGGCCUUCAAUUCGCUGGGCGAUCUGAGCAACCACAUGGCCAAGAAUAACCACUACGCUGAGCCGCUGAUGCAAUCCAUGGCAGGUGGCGCUGGCAGCCGCAAGCGCCCGGCACCCAAGAAGCGCGAGAAGUCAUUGCCGGUGCGUAAGCUGCUCGAGAUGAAGGGCGCACAGAAUGAGGCGGAAAGUAUGGAGGCCAAGAUGCAGCGCAACUAUGAAAAUGCCAAGCGCAUGCCACUCGAGGGCACCGGCAUCGGACCGGGCAAUGACAAGUCAGAUGCUGCACUGUUCGCCGAACGCAUGCGUCAAUACAUAACGGGCGUAAAAGCGGACGACGAGGCGGCCAAGGCAGCGCUAGGCGUUGGCAGUUUAUUGAACAAAACCAAGUCACCUGAUUUGGAGCCGAAAAAUGGCGCCACUAAGUCAACAGCAGGCUCAUCGUCUGUGCUCAGCGCCAUCGAGCAGAUGUUCACCACCAGUUUUGAUACGCCACCGCGUCACGCCAGCUUGCCGGCGACCAGCCCAUCCAAUUCGUCGACCAAGAAUACAUCGCCCGUGGCCUCAAGCAUACUGAAGCGGCUGGGCAUCGACGAAACUGUCGACUACAAUAAGCCAUUAAUAGACACUUCGGAUCCAUACUAUCAGCAUUACCGUUAUACGAGCAGCGAGCGCAGUGGCAGUGAGUGCAGCGCUGAAACGCAUGUCGAGGCUAGGAAAAUGGAUGUAAUCACGCCGGAGAAGUUGCAGCCAACAGAGGUGAUGUCCAUGGAGCAGAAAUCGGCUGAGAUGAGGCGCGAGUUGGAGGCACUCAAGCAGAAGGCCGAGCAGGCAGAUGCACUCAUGGAACAAGCGCCACAAAUCAAAAUGGAGAUCAAGUCUGAGGUGGAGGAGGAGGAGCGUGGCGAUGAGAGUCCACAAAACGGUCGAGAUGGCAAUGAAAAGUCGCAGCAUGUUGCCAAUGGCGCUGAAUUCUCUAUAUCCAACAACAACAAUAACAACAACAAAGAGCGUAGCGUUACACCACCCAAAUCGGCUGGUCCCGUUAGCCCGGUAUUGCACAAAGCGCUUACACCGCGCAGUCCCACCGACAGCCACCGUUCCGCUACACCCAAAUCGCCAGCAUCCAGCAUUAAGUCCUACGAUGGUGAGAAGAAAUAUCCAAGCGAUUCGCUAAAUGCACUCUCCUCCAUGUUCGAUUCGCUAGGCAGUUCCAGCAACACCACCACGACCACCACGCCCAGCAGUCGCGCACAGGCACCGAUAAUGCCGUCGUCGUUAAGCAAUAAAAUCGAUUCACCCGAAAAUCUCACCACUUCCAAUUCGCUUGCUGCUUUACGUCAAUUUUGCAUAAAAAAAGAGAAAACCGCUUAAAUCGCAGCUUUUUGUUUUUCGUCUCGCGAGAGAGAAACAGAUUUCAAAAAUUUUUUGUUUGCCACCUGACGCCCUGGGUGUUGGGCUUUUUUGUGUACGAGUGGGGCGCGCGCGCGCGCUGCGGACGCGUCGUGUCCGCCGAAUGCAUUUAACAGGCCGCACUCUGCCGUCGCCGCACAAGGCUUGUGAGUUGCGGAAGCCGGAUUAGAAAAAAAUAUAAAAUUAAAAAAAAAAAUCAGAAAAAAAACUAUAAAAAAUACGUAUAAAAAAAAAGAACACAAAAAACUUUUUGAGUGUGUGACUUUCGACCGCACUGCUUCACAAAGAAAUUGAUGAAGCGUGAUUACAAAGGUGAGAUAACUAAGACUCCAAGAAAGUCAAAAUAAAUGCGAUGCUUCAAAGUGCGGAAAGCAAGCAGCUUUGAGGAGAGCGAACGAGCGAGCGAGCAAGGAAAAUGUACGAAAAUGAGUCCAACCGCGUGGAAUGGGCUCCUGCGUGGGCGAACAAAAAUUAACAGCUGCGAACGGCUUUGCGGCUAAGUGUGGGAAUACUCAACGUCUGCGCCAGGGCCACUGGCGGUUUUCCCCAACACAGAGAGCUUGUACGGGCAGGAAGACAACAACAGUACGGAAGCAGCAGCAAACAUUUUUUAAUAGAAGUGAAAAAAAAAAAAUAUUACCACGAUGAUGACGAGGAACAAUGAGGAACCUAUAUAUUCACUAAAUGACCGAGGCAAAUGCAAUAAUCAAGCAGCUUCGCCAACACAACGCGAGGUGUUAACAGUUGCGAGAUCUACAGGAGAAAAAAAAAUCAGCCGACUGUAUAUCGUAGUUUGUGUAUGAGCGUUAAAUACUCCCGAUAUUACAAAAAAAAAAAAAUAAUCACCAAUCCUUGACGCUCUAUGUCAGCAUUUAAGACAGCGAUGCGCAGAGAGAGCUUUUACUCUGCACGCGCCUAUGGAAAAUGUAUAGAUAGUUUAAAAGAGCUUUACCCGCGGGCAAAGAAGUGCCCAUCAGUGAUUUAAGAUGAACUCUUCGAGAACGCGCACUAGAAAGCUAUAUAAAAGGGCGAUGCAUGUAUGAAAUCCCUAGAAAGCUUCAAAGAGCUCCUUUGCGAGAUAUCCUUGGUCGCGACUGCUGACUGGCGGAAGCUAUGGUUUAGAGAGAGGUGGAUGCCAAAAGAACUGAGUAGGUAUGCCGCUAUUACCGAUAUAGCCAACCACUUUUGCCGAGUGAAAUCCCUGCCAACCAACGAUGGCCGCUGUGAAUCAAUGGAUAUGGAUACAGCCAGAGGUUCAGCUUUGUGCGCGUCCAUACAUACAAAAUCUAAAUAAAGCAUUAAAAAGCUUUUAUCUUGAGCCCUGCGAAACAGCGCAGAACAGAAAAAACUUGUACUCUCUGCUCGUCCAUACAAAAUCUACAGAAAGCUUAAAACACAUUCUCCCGCUGAGUUUUUUUCUUUUGUCGUGAAGGUACCAGCUGACAAUGCAAAACCCGGCGUUUUAACUUAUCUGAAAUUUUAUGAAAGCUGUGAAAGCUCGUACUAGAAUACUGUACGUCAGUGAUGCUCAGAGAGGGCUUUUUAUUCUGUGCGCAUGUGAAAGCCUGCAGAAAGACUGCCGCUAACUUCCAAGAACGCUGUAAAAAAAAAACUCAACAGGAUUGUCUAUGGAAAUGAAGGGCGAUCUCAACCUCUUCAUGCCCACAUCGAAUCUAAAUAAAGCUUUAAAAAGAUUUGAAUGCCGGCUACGUUCUGGUCCCUAUUGGCUUAUAAAGUGACCAGCUCUGCUGCAGUUGGACAACAAACCAUGGAUAGCGGAAGCACGCUUUAAAUGAGACAACCGCGCGAGUGAAAGCAACCUCUAGAAGUGAAAGCGUUUCAUGACAAUCGCAAGCGGCAAAAGCUAAGAAGCAAGAGGGGAUGGAGCAGCAGCAGCAGCAGCAGCAGCAUCAGCAGAAAACAACAACAACAAAAACAAAGCCCUUUUAAGGGCUACAA